UGGAGUGAACCGGGAAAAGUGAGCAUGGCCAGUCGGAAUCAGAAAUUGCUUGAACUGGUGGGACCUCUGCUCCCGCGCAGGGACCAGGAGGAGGAGGGAGAUGACUGUGGGACGGAGGAGGAAGAGGAGGAGGGGGAAGAGCAGGAAGACACCGAGUUCUUGGAUGCCGAGGAGCUCUGCAGCGGCGGCUGCAAGGCUGGCGGCCUCCCCGGGCGCCGGCAUGUUAUAAUUCACGAUGAAAACACUCAAAAGCAAUUUAAAGUGUUUGGACGUUUCCCAAUAACUGGUCCUUGGUGGCGAGUGAAGGUUCAGGCAAAGCCUGCAAGAUCAAAGAUCUAUCAAGUUCAAGGAUUUCCAUCAUAUUUUUUACGAUCCGAUCUGUCACCACCCGAUCAAAACUCAAUCUGUGCUCUCUUUCUUAAAGAGUGUGAAGUACCCCCCGAGGAGGUAAAACAGUUUCUAGCGUGGGUAACAAAAAAAGCAUCCAGCUAUGAAGACCUAAGAUUUGAAAACCUUAAGGAAACAUUAAGAUCUUUCUACCAGGAAAUCAGAAAGAAAGAUAAAAAGCAAUUUGGACAAAAUGAACAACAAGAAUUAUUACCAGGAAAUGAAAUAAGACUUCCUAUGGAACAUCGAAUUCCAUUUAUAAAUGUCAUGAAUGCUUUGAACUAUCCAAAAAUCAUGGAAUUCCUUCUAGCCCUCCUGCCUCGACACUUUAACCAGCUUAUCACCACAGGUUCUAAAGAGGUAUUAGAAGCAAUUGAAAAAAUUUUAGGUACACAGCCAUGGAAGCUGGGCUUUAGUAGGGUAACUUACAGAGAGUUGAAGCUUCUGCGGUGUGAGGCGAGUGGGAUGGCGUUUUCUCAGUGCCCGUCUCUUCUUGAGUUGAUGACUGAUGUGGAGAAAAAUGCCCUGGAUCUGUAUUCUAAACUGAAGCACGUGUGUAGGGAAGAUGGGCACACAUAUCUUGAAAAAGUGUCCUUAACUUUAAAAGUGCAUUACGAUGUUUGGCAGUCCCUGGAGUUUCUCAGGGAUAUUGGUGUGGUGACAUUCGUGAAGGACUGCGUCUCUCUCUAUGAGCUUUACCAGGCAGAAAGCAUCAUUGCCUCGUUAGUAUGUGACCUCAUGAUGAAACCCCCGUGGCAUUUGGAUGUCGAUGUCAGGAAGGUGCUGGCGUCUAUUCACACCACGAAACGCCAGGACUCUGGAAGCAAGGACGCACCGAAGGAGAGUAACCCUGAUGAGACAAGCUUAGACAACUCUAUAGACACUUUGGAACUUCAGGACAGGGGUGAAGAAAAUGAUAGCAAUGCAGAAAUGAAGGAAGUCCAGCUGGAUCAGGAUCAGGUGGCUGCUCUGGAAAUGAUUUGCUCCAAUGCUGUGACAGUCAUUAGUGGCAAAGGGGGCUGUGGAAAGACCACGAUUGUGAGCCAUCUUUUUAAGUACAUAGAGCAGUUAGAAGAAAGAGAAGUGAGGAAAGCGUGUGAAGAUUUUGAACAGGAUCAGGAUGUCCCAGAAGAGUGGAUGACCUUUACUGGCCAAGGUCAACUGGGAGCAGACAAACCUAUAGAAGUUUUGCUGACAGCACCUACAGGGAAAGCCGCUGGUUUACUGAGAGAGAAAACAGGUCUUCUUGCUUACACCCUGUAUCAGGUCAAUUAUAGCUUCUAUUUUUGGAAAAAUAUGAAGAACGAUAAGCCGUGGAAAUUUUCUUCAGUUACAGUUCUGGUUGUGGAUGAAGGGAGUUUAGUAUCGGUAGGAAUCUUCAAACUUAAGCCAAGGAAGUGUGCUAUUGAGCUAAGGACAAACCACAGGGCAGAAUCUCAGCUCAUCGUGGACAGUGCUACACGAAUCUCUGAACGGCGCUUACCAACAUUUGACUUAGAACUAAAUAUCUCUGAGAAUUCUACAUUCCCCAUCUCAAUUCAAGAUAAGACAUUCAUUUUUGUCAGACUCCCAGAAGAGGGUGCCAGUACUCAGGCGUCUCAAGAUGAUCAGAAGUUUUAUUUAUAUUCUGCGGUUAAAGCUUUACUGCAAGAAAAUGACUUUAAAAGUCCAGAAACAUCACAAUUCAUUGCAUUUAGAAGAGAUCAUCGGAAGAAGGUCGUAUUUGGAGUUGGUGAUAAAAUUUGUUGUACCAGAAAUGCUUACCUCUCAGAAUUACUUCCUGGAAAGCUUUCUGAAACUCAGCCAAAUAGUGAUCUUCAGCCCAACGGUGAAGGCUUUUGUGGUACUCCUAGUGAUUUUGCUAAAAAUAAGCAUGAACCUGAAAGUGAUAUUCGACUAUGUAAUGGAGAGAUAUUUUUCAUAAGAAACGAUGUAACUGAUGUGACUCAUGGAAAGAGAAGACAUCUGACUAUUAAUAAUAUGGCCGGCUUGGAAGUAACUGUGGAUUUUAAGAAACUAAUGAAACACUGUGCCAUAAAGCAUGCCUGGGCGAGAACUAUCCACACUUUUCAGGGGUCUGAGGAGCGCACAGUGGCCUACGUGGUGGGGAAGGCGGGCCGCCAGCACUGGCAGCACGUCUAUACCGCCGUGACCCGGGGCCGCUGCCGAGUGUACGUCAUUGCAGAACAGUCUCAGCUCCUGAAGGCCAUCAGGAGGCCUGUUCUUCUCAGGAAAACACAUCUGAAACAUUUCUUACAAGAUGAGCUCGCUGUCAGAUGCGCCUCUCCCGUUGAUCAUCUGUCCCAGCCUGCGAGCUCUGGAGACAGUGGAGGACCCAGCCUGCCAACAACACCCCUUCCCAAAGACGCCACCACCACUAUUGCAGAUGAUGUCGCCAAGAGCCAGUCCUCCUUCGCUGAUGUCAGCAUGGCCACCCCUCCUAGAAGGUGGCAGUUUACUUCAUUUGAGGAAGGAAGUACAGAUGAGGACUUUUCACCAUCUCCUGGGUCCAAAAGAACCCCUAGAAUGGACAUCUGUGACAGUCUAAACAAAGUUUGCAAGGUGGAAGAAGCAUCUCCACAAGUUUCUUCUCAACUUCAGAAUUUGAGGCUAAAUAAAUUAAUCCCGAAGCAACUUUUUAGGCCCACGAAAGAUCAAGAAAACUUCACUUCAGAUGGUCCAAAGUAAUCAUGAAUUAUUUCCCAUUCAAAACCAAAGAACGUUUUAGCCUCAGAGUUUCAAGAUGAAGAAGGAUCCCUAUACAUUGGAUUUUUUUACUUCAAGAUAGUUGUGUUUAGAUGUUUUAAAUUGACUUGGUCAAAAGAAUCUUCAUGAUUCCAAAUCUAUCAUUGCGGUUACUGUACACCAAUGAAGGGGAAAAAGAAAAUAUGUGUUCAAAAAAACUGCUAUACUUUCAAAUAUGCUGUAUUUUUUUAGGAUGAUGUUUAACUUCCAUGAUCAUGGCUGGUUCCUUGGCCAGUGGGUGGAAGUCCUGGCCAAGGUGAACUCACUAUGCCUGUUGAUACCGACACACACACUCAGGGAUGUCCUGGUCAUGUCCAAGGUUGCUGUUUACUGGGUCUCUGCUGUUGAGGCCCAGCACACCCGGGACUUUUCCUGGAAAUCCCUUCGGAGUCAGGGCAUGUUGUUUUGAACACAUCCCACUUGGGGAAUAUUUCUUGUGGUUUGAUUCUAAAUUUUAACUGUUAAAAGGUGCUGUAGUUUUUGUGUCCCAAAGUUCAUGUGCUGGCAACUUAACUUCUAAGCCCCUUGGGCCGCAGGGUGAGAUGCUGCGCUCCUGAGCGGGUCAGCAACUGGAGCAAGGUGUUCCUCAUGAAAAGCUUUCUCGUGCUCUCCCAGAGCUCAUUUCCUCUCCCUCCUGCCAUGAGGCAGGAACGCCCUCACCAGAGGCCAGCUCCUUGAUUAAAGUAUGUCUUGUUCCAUUGCACUUUGGUUUAUUGUGCUUCUCAGAUACAGUGUUAUUUGUAAAUUGAACUUCUGGGGCAACCUUGCCUUAGCAGGUACAAUACCAUCAUUUUUCCAACAGUUCAGAAAAUAGCAAUUUUUAGCAAAAAGUGUUUUAAUUACAAUAUAUUUAUAUAUAGAGAGAUUUUAAAAGAUAUGAAAGAUAUGCUACGGCACACUACAUAACUUUUAUUUGUAGUGGGAAAACAAAACUUCGAUGUGACUUAUUUUAUUAUCAUAUCCUCUUUAUUACAGUUGUCUAGAACCAAACUUCUGAGGUAUUCUUAUGUUGGACUGCCCCAACUAAGUUACCCAAUGUGUCAUGUUCUUUUAUAGCAGCCCUGGGUGCAGAUGUGACUUUCAGUGUCACAGGCAGGGAAGCUGCCUCAUGGUAGGUCAAUGUCACACUGUCAGUGAGUAGCAGGGCUGGGACUGCACUCCGCAUCUGAUUUUAAAGAUCAUACUCUUCCUACCUACCCAUGGUGCUCUUCAGUUUUAUGGCAAAACCUUGCCCUUAUCCCUGGUGGAAAACUGUGUAAACAUUGUAUAGGACUCAGGUUACAGUAGUGAAGUGUAUUCAGUGCACCCAAACUGGAAUUUUCUCUCUUUGUCUCUUUUUCUUUUUGCUUUUUAAAAUCACUGUUUAUUCCAUUUGGUAGAGGGCUUUUUUCCCGUACAAAUAUUUGCAACAAGUUUGAAUUCCCCAAAACCAUACAUAGACGAUAAAUACCAUGCUAUUAAAGUAUUAAAUUUGUACAAAAAUACUUUACAGUUUAAUACUUGUUUGUUACAAAUAAAAAUACAUAUUUAAGUGACUCAUGAUCUUUUCUUUUUCCUUAACAUGACUCAGCUUUAUACUUUCUUGCCCUGGCGGUUCUGACACAUGAUUGAAUUU